AUGGACCAGGAACUUCAGAAGGUCUCCGAGACAGGCAUCGAGCACAAAACUACCAGUGAUUCAAGUUCAAAUGCCACCUCGUCCACUCUAUCCCACUCUCCUUCUUAUCAGGUACCCCCAUAUCAAGUUGGUGUUACCGAGCCUGGUGGGCCGUUGCCAAGGUCCCAGUCUAAGCUUGAGGCGAGGGACUACAAUGAAGGCAACCGGUUUCCCCGGAUCUCGCGCCCCGUGGAGCUCUUACGCCAUACUUAUGAUGUCGUCGUGAUUGGGUCAGGGUAUGGUGGCGGUGUUGCGGCAUCGAGAAUGGCACGUGCCGGCCAGUCUGUGUGCGUGCUCGAGCGUGGAAAAGAAAGGUGGCCCGGAGAGUACCCUUCGAAUCUUGCCGAAGCUGCACCAGAGAUCAGUGUCUCUGGUCUUUUUGCCCCAGGGGACAACCCGGGAAAGCCAGUACAGAUAGGAGACCCGACGAAGCUUUACCAGCUGGUCAUGGGCGCCGGGCAGAAUGCAUUCGUCGCAAGUGGUCUCGGAGGAACGAGCCUUUUGAACGCAAACGUCUUCCUAAAAGCCGACCCAGGGGCUAUGAGCCUACCAGAAUGGCCGAAAGAUCUAAGACAGCCUGGUGCUUUGGACGAUUAUUACGAGCGUGCGGCUCACAUGCUGCAGCCGGAACGAUACCCUGAAGACUUCCCUCCUUUGUUGAAGCUUGAGCUUUUGAAGAAACAGGCAGAGCUCCUAGGGCUAUCAAAGCAUUUCUAUCGAGUUCCGCAGACAACGAGAUUCGAGAAUGGCCCAAACAAUGCUGGCGUUCAAAUGCAAGCCAGCGCACUCACGGGCAUGGACUGUACCGGUGUCAAUGAUGGUAGCAAGUCAACGACCCUUGUCACAUACCUGAGUGACGCCUGGAAUUGGGGCGCUGAGAUCUUUUGUGAAUGCGAAGCUCGCUACAUCAAGAAGCAUCCCACGCAAGACGGCUACCUAGUCUUCUUCGCAUGGCACGGCAGCAAGCGGGGCCUCUUCAAGAACAACAUCUACAACGAUCUUAUGUGGGUACACGCGAAGAAAUUUGUUUUCAUGGGUGCUGGAGCCCUGGGAACUACUGAGAUCCUUCUCCGAAGCAAAGCCCUAGGCAUGAAAAUGAGCUCGCGAGUCGGCAAAGAUAUGAGCGGAAACGGAGAUAUACUUGCUUUUGGGUACAAUACCAAUUACGAGGCAAACGGGCUCGGGAGAGUCUCUCCAGACCCUGAUAAACCCAUUGGCCCCACGAUUGUUGGAGUGAUCGAUUGCCGUGAGCAGCAGAAUCCGCUUGAUGGCUUUGUCAUCGAAGAGGGGGCCAUUCCGCAGGCACUUGUCCCUGUUCUUCAAGCAAUGCUGGAAUCGCUGCCCGGAAAGAUCAUCCCCAAACCAUACCCAUUGAAAGACCAGCUGAUGCACUUUCUCGCUCGUCAGCAGAGCCGGAUCUACCCAUAUGCUCCAAUGGGCAGUCUGGAGAAGUCGCAAACCUAUCUCAUCAUGUCCCAUGACAGUAACCAAGCAGUAAUGAAAAUGGGAGAGAAUGACAGGCCAACAUUGACCUUCCUUGGAGUGGGAAGAAGUGACCAUGUGCAGUAUCUCAACGGAAUUCUUGCCAAAGCAACCAACGCUGUAGGAGGAACGUAUGUCAAUUCCCCUUUCUUUGCAGCGCUGGGCCAACAAGAGAUCACUGUUCAUAUCAUGGGUGGAGCGACAAUGUCUAACGACGGUACCGGAGUCAAUGGCGCAGUAGACCAGUUUGGUCAGCUAUUCAAAGGACCAGGAAAAGACGUCCACAACGGAAUUGUAGUUAUGGACGCAGCCAUCCUCCCCACUGCCCUUGGCGUCAAUCCAUUUGCGACCAUCAGUGCACUUGCGGAACGUUCUGUUGAAGCAGCGGCCAAACGCGAGAAUCUAACGAUCGAUCUUGCUACACAAAAUGGGACUUUGGACUUGUUUGACACGCCAACACAUUGGAAACCCAUGAGCAAAGAGCUUUACAAAGCAGAGAGAAUUGUUCACAUGGCGAUGGAGUCAGAAGCAGAAGGCAUCGAGUUCACCGAAGUCAUGACUGGCUACAUCAACACUGAAGAUCAAGUAGACACGGGGAACGUGACAUCUGAUUUCGCGGUGGCCACAGAUGCAGCUCGAGCAGCCGGUAGCACUGCAAGGUUCUUCCUCAGCUGUCACGCGUGGGACACGGACGAAUUGAUCGGACGAUCCGACCAUCCUGCAAUGCUUACAGGCACUUUCACUUGUGCUGGUCUCCCAGGAUCGCCUUUCAUGGUGCUGCGCGGCGAUUUCAAUCUGUUCAACGAGGAUAAACGAACGCCAGACACCACAAAUCUGACAUACGACUUUGACAUGAUCUCCACGAGGGGUGAAGUGAUCCAUUUCCAUGGCUACAAGGUCGUGGAUCGAUCCAUUGCAUUUCGACCUUGGCAGACAUGGAAGGCCACUUCCACACUCUAUGUCACACUCACUAAAGAAGGUCAAACCAUUGGUAGAGGCACCUUGCACAUCGAGCCACAAGAUUUCGUGUCUGAGCUGUCGACAUUCACACCGCAUGGCCCGACCAUGCUCUCAAAGGCAUUCUCCACCGGCAAGUUUCUGACCUUCUUUACCAAACAGGUCUUGGCCAAUUUCUUGGGCCCCUUGGGCAUCAUGCAGUUUCCCACAACGACCUACCACGGCUAUGAAGUGAAUAAGAAGCCGCCAAUCGAGACCAGAAAAAUCACAUCGGUGGACAAGGUCGUGUCUACUCUCCAGCGUUGGGCUCCCAAAAAUCCAUCGUCAGGUGGGCGCAGAGUGCUUCUGAUCCCUGGUGCUUCUGUGGACCACCAGAUAUUUGCUCUCCCUACGAUUGAUGUGAAUGCCGUAGAGUAUUUUCAAGCAGCAGGCUACGAAGUAUUCUGCGUCACUCAUCGCACAGGCAAGACGCCCAACGCUCAGAAGGGAUUCACCACGUACGAUGCGAGACUUGACAUUCAAGCGGCUUUUGAAGAGAUACACCGCAUCCAAGGCUCUGAAGAACCCAUCUAUACCGUGGCUCACUGUGCUGGCUCAGUCGCAUUAUCGGCCGGGUUGCUCGAUGGUACAAUAAAGGCAAGUUGGAUUCGAGGUUUAACGGCUUCACAGGUUUUCUUCAACCCAAUUUUUGGAACUGUCAACAAGCUCAAAGCGUCUAUGCCCGUCUCCCUUACUCGGGUCUACAAAUUGCUGGCAGGAAGUUGGUUCUCGUGCAUUUCCACGGAGCACGAUUCUUUGAUCCAGCGCCUGCUGAACCAGGUAGUUCGACUAUAUCCCGUCGGGUCGCCUCGAGAACUGUGCAAUAGCGUUGUCUGCCACAGGUCUGAGCUCGUUUUCGGAAGACUAUGGUCUCAUAAACGUUUGAACGCUGCGACCCACGACAACCUCUCCAAGUUCCUCGGCGGUACCAGUAUGAACGCGCUCAACCAACUCAUGUACCAGGGGACGCACGGUUAUGUGACCAACAACAUUCUGGAAUCGCUCGUCACGCCGGCAAAUCUUCAGCGUCUCAGAGGAAUUCCCAUUUUGUUCAUCUCAGGUGCUGACAAUGUCGUCUAUACUCCGGAGAACACCGAUAAGUCCUACACCACGAUGACGACGACUUUCGGACAGAGAGGUUACGAACGGGAGGUGUUUCCAGGCUAUGGACACCUGGACUGUUGGAUGGGCUCAGACGCUGUGAACGACGUCUACCCCACAGUGCUUGCCCACGCUGAAAAGAUCUAUAAUGGUGGUUCGGAUAAUUAG